CCACACGCAUUCUGCUUCGCUCCCCCACUUCCUUCCCUCUUCUUCUCCGAGCUCAAGGAAUCCUCUCCACAGACACACACAGAGAGAGAAAAAGAGAGCGCGCGCGCGAGAGAGAGAGAGAGAUGAGCACUCCCAUGGAGAUCUCGUCCCAGAACGGCUUGGAGACUGAGCCCCUUGUCCAACCUUCCUCCCCCUCCCCAUCCCAAGAACGAGGAAAUCAAGAUCACCCUCUUCCCACAACCGCGUCCUCCACUCUCUCCCUCAACGACGAGGUCCAUGUAUCAGUGGAGGUCUGCUUGAAGCCUUCGAGUGUGGCACGGUUCGAAGAUGUUCGAGCUGCAGUCGAAAGGAUGCUGGAAAAGAGAAGCUUGAGUUAUACGGAUGGUCCUAUUCCGGUGCCUGAUGAUGAUAUGUUUCUAGCACAGAACGUACAAAGAAUUUGCAUUUGUGACACAGAUGAAUGGGUAGAAAGUGGGAAAGUUGUCUUGUUUUGGCAAGCCAAGCCACUUGUGCAUGUAUUUCAGCUUAGUGAAGAGGGACCUGGUGAGGAACCUAGCGGGGAUGAGCUACUUUCUAGCUUUCAGGAAUGGGUUCUCCCUGCUAGAGAAUUUGAUGGUUUAUGGGAAAGCUUAAUUUAUGAAACAGGUCUCAAACAACGGUUGCUGCGUUAUGCUGGGAGUGCUUUAAUUUUCACAGAGAAAAGAGUAGAUCCAUUUCUUGUGUCAUGGAAUCGUGUUGUUCUCUUGCAUGGACCACCAGGAACUGGGAAAACAUCUUUGUGCAAAGCUUUGGCUCAGAAGCUUUCCAUUCGUUUGAGUUCAAGGUACACCCAAUGUCAAUUGGUUGAAGUGAAUGCCCAUUCUUUGUUCAGUAAAUGGUUUUCGGAAAGUGGAAAAUUGGUUGCAAAGCUUUUCCAAAAGAUUCAAGAAAUGGUGGAGGAGGAAAACAAUUUGGUCUUUGUUUUGAUAGAUGAAGUGGAGAGCCUUGCUGCUGCCCGACAAGCAGCCUUAUCUGGUUCUGAACCUUCAGAUUCUAUUCGGGUUGUGAAUGCUUUACUUACUCAGCUGGACCGGUUAAAGGCCUGGCCUAAUGUGUUUAUUUUAACAACAUCCAACAUUACAGCUGCAAUUGAUAUUGCUUUUGUUGAUCGUGCUGAUAUCAAGGCAUAUGUUGGCCCUCCUACCCUUCAAGCACGUUAUGAGAUAUUGAGGUCAUGUGUAUUGGAACUCCUGCGAACUGGGAUACUUUUGCAUACCGAGGACCAUGAUCCCCUAGAAAUUCCAAACUACAUAAGCUUGAUAGAGAAGUUGCGUGAAGUUGAAAAUGGAGCAUGUCUAUCUAAGCAGUUGCUUGAAGCAGCAAACAUAUGCGAGGGUUUAAGUGGAAGGGCUUUAAGAAAGCUCCCUUUCCUCGCUCAUGCUUCUCUUGCCAAUCCUUACAGCUGUACUUGUACCAAGUUUGUCUUAACGCUAAUAGAGACAGCAAAAAGCGAGUUGUCAGAGAAAAAUAGAUAACUUUUUUUAGCCUGGCCUUCGGUUACUUAUUUGCUGCAAAUAUCACGGGUACAAAAAUGUAUGUUUAAGCAAGUGCUGUGUUAAUGUUUUAGCAGAAUGAGCACGGCAUCAUGUAUUAUUGAAUUUUUUGACGAGUUACAUUUUACGGGGUCCAACACAGCUUGUAUAUCUAACGUCACAGAUAAAGUAUGGAAGCUAUGUAACGUUUAUUAAAUCUGUUAAUUAUGAUAUCACCAUUUUAUUAA